AUGGCAAUUGAUCUCUGUUUCGAACCCAGUUCCGGAAUCAGUCCCCGUAUUUCCUUCUCCCACGAUUUCUACCUCUCCAACUCGACCAACUGCAGGAGCAGCCUUACCGAUCCGCCUCCCCGACACCAACAUCGACUCCAAUUUCUGUGUGAGGAAGAGCAGCUUCGACCACGACCCUUCAUCUUCCGCCGACGAGCUCUUCUCUUACGGAAAAUCCUCCCCGCCGCCAUCAAGACCGCCGCCAGCCCCAAACCGCCUCUACCUCCGCCUCAUCCUAAGCCGCGACCGAAGACUUCUCCGCCGCCAAAAAAGUGA